AAAUUCAUCCUUGAGUUGAUCCAAUAACUUUUUAACUAUGAAGUGUGAGGUAUUUUGGCAAUAAAAUUUGACAAUCCGCCUAAAAUAAAAAUAGUCGCCUUCUAAUCUUUUUCUCCGAGAGAACUUCUACUCUUCUUUCCAACAAAAAAUAAGUUAAUAACAGAGGGUGUUUUGUUUUUGGAGAGAAUAAAUCGUCAUCUUCAGCGGAUAAAAAGAAUAUGCUCCCAGCUGCUUCCUUUCCCUUCUUUGUUGCAGUACUGUGAACUCUCCGCCUUGGCAAUUCACCAAGACCUUUCGCUAGCACUCCCAGUCCAAACCCUAACUAGGGUACUCUGCUUCUUGCCGACCGUCUAAGGUAAUACCUUUCCUUACAACCUCUUUUCUUCUUUUCCAUGGCUGCUCUGCUAAAAAAUUAAUUAAGCUCAUGUGGAAACAGAUCAUUGCCCUGUUUCCGACUAAUGCUCUGGCAAUUUAGUAGUUAUUUUUCUAUCGUCAAAAUGUGGGAUUCCUUUUGACUGUAUGGAGUUCUCCUGAGUUCUUCCUUCUGUACCCUAAUGAAGAUGAAUUGUGAAUAUGGUUACCAAAGCUAUGUACUUUCGCUGGUUUUCCGCAGAUUUCCCUGUAGUAUAUAAACUUCGAAAAGAUGCCGCACUUGCUUUCAACUUCUAGCACCCUGAAGUCAUGCUUCAGCCGCCCUUUCACACAAUCUACAAGUCAACAGCGCACAACAGAUUAUCCUCGAUGUUUCACAUUCAAAACCUCUGGUUACAAGUGUAAUGGGCUGGUCUUGCAGCAAGAUCCAUCGUCACAUCGAAGCUGUAUUGUUCGUGCUGCUGCUGCAGUCCCUGCCAGCCGCGAAGCUCCUGCUACUAAUCCCAGAUCUGGUAGCUCCCAGGCUGCCGCCGCUGAUGGACUUCCCAAAGCACAGAAGGUUAUGGUCAUUGGUGGGGAUGGUUACUGCGGCUGGGCUACUGCCCUCCAUCUCUCAAACAAAGGUUAUGAGGUAGCCAUUGUCGAUAGUCUUGUACGCCGCCUCUUCGAUCACCAACUGGGUCUAGACUCUCUCACCCCAAUUGCUUCCAUUCACAAUAGGAUUCGUCGAUGGAAGUCUCUAACAGGGAAGACUAUUGAGCUCCACAUUGGUGACAUUUGUGACUUUGAAUUCUUAGAAGAAGCCUUCAGGUCAUUCCAACCUGAUGCUGCUGUCCAUUUUGGGGAGCAGCGGUCUGCUCCUUAUUCGAUGAUUGAUCGAUCAAGAGCUAUCUUUACUCAGCACAACAAUGUGAUUGGAACGCUUAAUGUCCUCUUUGCUAUCAAGGAAUUCCAACAGGAUUGCCACCUAGUGAAGCUGGGAACAAUGGGAGAAUAUGGAACCCCUAACAUUGAUAUUGAAGAAGGUUAUAUUACAAUAACCCACAAUGGUCGAACAGACACAUUGCCUUAUCCUAAGCAAGCUAGUUCCUUUUAUCAUCUUAGCAAGGUGCAUGACUCACACAACAUUGCAUUCACUUGCAAAGCUUGGGGAAUUAGGGCUACCGAUCUCAAUCAAGGAGUUGUCUAUGGAGUAAGAACAGAAGAGACUGAGAUGCAUGAAGAGCUGCAGAACAGACUUGACUAUGAUGCUGUCUUUGGAACUGCAUUAAAUCGUUUUUGUGUCCAGGCUGCAGUUGGACAUCCGCUUACUGUAUAUGGUAAAGGUGGUCAGACCCGGGGUUACCUCGACAUAAGGGAUACAGUGCAAUGUGUUGAACUUGCAAUUGCAAAUCCUGGGCGACCGGGAGAGUUCAGGGUCUUCAAUCAAUUCACGGAGCAGUUUUCUGUCAAUGAACUUGCUUCCCUUGUUACAAAUGCUGGAAAGAAGGUUGGUCUUGAUGUGAAGACAACCUCUGUCCCUAACCCUAGAGUGGAGGCGGAGGAACAUUACUACAAUGCUAAGCACACCAAACUGAUCGAGUUGGGACUCCAGCCACAUCUUCUCUCGGACUCUCUCCUUGAUUCCUUGCUCAACUUUGCAGUGAAGUACAAGGACCGUGUUGACACAAAACAGAUAAUGCCCAGUGUUUCCUGGAAGAGUAUUGGGAGCAAACCGAAGACCCUUACAUCCUAAUCCAAUGGGUAAACUUGGGGAACAUCAUUAGCAUUGCAAGGAACAAGAGGUGCUUAAUGUUACUGUUUGUUUUUGUAUAAUUCCUUGAAAUGUCAUUUUUCUUUGACGGUUAGUAGUUAGCAUGAAGUUCCCCGAGAAUUCCCUUCCCAACUUGGUGUGUUGUCUUCUCCGCAGUGUAGCUGGUUGGUUGUACAGUUUGUGAACACAAUAAGAUGGCAAAUGACACUAGCCAGCCGGUGUGUGACAUUUGUUCAGAGGAUUUAUUUUAAGUUAGCCCAAACUCAGAUCGUGGAAUUUGUAUUCGUUAUCAUGGUUUCAAAUUCCAAAUUUUCAUGUUUGAGAGAGAGAAAAAAAAGUUUUUUGGAUUUUGGUUUCAAAUUACAAAUAUAGCAAAUCCCAGUUC